AUGGUCUACACAAUUGUCGUGCACAUGCGCGCAAAAUCCUCCGACCCAGCUGUAAUCCGGAAGCUCAAAAAUAAGCUGAUCGAAGCCUCCCGCGUGUACUCCAAGGACAAAGAGACGCUAUCUUGGUUUGUCAUGCAGUCAGUCCAUGACGAGCGGGAUUUCACUAUCGUUGAGCGGUACGAAAAAGAGAGCAGCCAGAAAUACCACCUAGAAAACCCAUACUGGAAGACCUUUGAUCCUUACGUGAAGCCCUUAUUGGAGGGUGAAAUGGAUCUGAGAAGGUAUGAAGAAUUGGAUACCAGCCAGGACGUCGUGGUGGAAUAA